AAUGCCCGCGUGCUGCUGUCAGAUACAGCCGCAAGGAAGGGCUACCUGCCUCUCCUGGCUUUCCUGGGCCCUUUGGUGCAGCUUGGUCUUGGUGCCGGCUUGCGGUUAUGUGAUCGUGAAUUCGGUAUCCUGGUCUGUCACCAACCAGGUGGAAGAAGAGCUGGACAGCUCCUCCAACGAGGAGGUUCUCCCCGCACUUCUUGAAGACACGACGAGCAUCUGGAAGCAAAGAUACCCGGCCUCGGUGUACAAAGAAGAGGAGGAGAUGAGGUCUAGGCCCGGGACGGCGAGAUCGAAGCAGAACUCGUCUCCCUCCCGGAUGUUUUCUUACAGGCGAGAGAGCGCCAAAGGAACAGACAGCUUCGAGCCUCACCAGCAAGCGACCAGGACGGCCCGAUUUCUGAUCCAUUCUAACAAUUGGGGCUUCUUGGCUACCAGAUCCGCCCAAGAAAAGAUCCAGGGAACACCAUUUGGGAAUUGUUUAUCCAUGAGCGAUGGCCCCACAGACAAUAGCACUGGAACUCCUUUUUUUUAUGUGACUCCAAAGGACAACACAGUAGCAGAUCUGAUGAAAAACUCCAUUGCUUCACUGACAUUGCCAGAGGCAGAAGGAGAUCUCUGCAGAAAAACUAUAGUCGACCCCGAUGAUCCACGGUGUGCCAGACUUAUUCUUACAGGACAGAUGAUUACAGUGCCUCUAGAAGAAAUGGAAUUUGCCAAGCAGGCAUUGUUUUCUAGGCAUACGGUAAUGAGAAAAUGGCCUCGCAAUUAUGAAUGGUUCUUUAUGAAAAUGAACGUCGAACAUGUCUGGCUUCAGAAUUGGUACGGAGAAAUUGCCACCAUUGCACUGGAGGAAUAUUUCAAAGCAGUGCCCAGUAAAGCUUGAUUGAACUUUCAAAUAAGAUAAUUUAGUUUUCACAUUUACUUUGGGGGGAAAACUGUUUUAUACUCUAUGGUACUGGGUAUUUACUUCACAGUAUUUUUGUGCAAAGUACUUAAAAUGGUUCCAUUUUCUUAACUGGAACAACACUACAGUAUUAACCGUUGAAAUGAAAAUGAAUGUUAAGGCUAGAGAUAGAUGAUACUAAACUCUUUAAGGUGUUUGAAUAUUUCUGGAUUUUUAUGAACAUAUAUGCCACAGGAUAAUGACAAUAUAUGCUUAUUAUAAUUUCUGAAACUGGACAAGAAUUGCGACCCAAGAUGAAAUUGCUGGUAUGUAUAUGAUGGUUGUAUUACUGCACUUAGUUCUUAAUCAUCUGAAAUUUUAAAGAGUUGUUUCAACUCUUGUUUAAAUGUACAGAAUUUUAGUUAGGUUGACAUUAUAGAUUCCAUCUUUCCUUAGGCACACAUUUGCCUUUAAUUAUCUUACAAAACGCUAUUCUCUAAAAUGCUUUCAAUGUGGUUUAGAAAACACUCUGAAUCCUAAUGUGCUUCUUUGAAAGACUAGAGAAAAAGGCAAGCCUUUUAACUUUGUUUUAAUCAUUCAGAUAAUGGCUGCAUUCACACAUAAUUAGUCUAAUAUUGUGGGCAUUAGUCUUGGACUCAUGUGCUUACCUCCUCCUUUCUUCUCCUUCAAUUUGGCUGUGAGAAGAUCAGAAGCUUUUGCUUCCAUUUUCAAUUAACCAUGGUUUCUUGUUAUGUCUGACACUGAACAUACUGUGCUUAGCGUUAGCUAUGGUUUAUUGAAGCAAGCCAACUGCAAACCAUGGUUAAUGAACCUAGCUUGUUUCAAUAAGCCACAGUUAACACUAACCAUGGCUCCUAGUUCAGACAAAAAUGAGAAACUAUGGUUAGUUGAAAAUUAAAGCAAAAAAUCUUUUUUUCUCCUUGUGGCUGCACUGGGAGUGAACAGUAGAAGAGGGAGUACAUAAGCCCAAGGCUCAUGCAAACAAUGCUGAAAUAUGGUUUAACAUUAUGUGCAAACCAGGCUAGUGCGAACAAAAGUGAAGGCUAAGUCAUGUUAAGAUACCUCCUUAUCUACUCUGUUGAUCACUGAAUGGCCUCUAGAAACAUCCUUCUAGGAAGUUAAGGGACAAUCCAUCUUUGAUUGGUUCUUUUGAGACCAAGGAAUGAAGUAGUAGUAAACCAGACCUAAGAAGUAUACUUCAAUCUAUUACUCUACUAACUCUUGAGAUAUUAUUUGGAAGAAAGAACUGCAGCACUUGUGUAGGACAGAUCUGGAGUCAGAGCAGUAUAUUUGAUUUGCCCACGCUGUUCUGUACAUAACCCUCUGAAAGCAUCAAUAUUACGAAGAAUAUAUUUUUAAGUUUCUCAUAAUAUUAUAUGGAUGUUAGGACAUCAGUGAAAAUGUUGCCAGUUGUGCACAAUCAAGCUCAAAUCACAGAAUCUCAAGAGUGUCAUGGAAAUACUGCUUUGCCUCUUUUUGUACACAUCUUUCAUGCCUGAGAAUGCAAUCCAUUGUAGAAGUCAUCAUACCUGUUGUUGACAGAGUUGUAGCUAGACAAUUCUGAGUCCUGUUGAGCCUUAAAAAUUUGUGUCCCAUCCCUUCAGUGUUUGAUAACUUUUGAUAAAGCAAGCUCCUUGAUUGCACGGAGGAGUCCACUUAUGUCCAAGCGAACAUGAGUAAAACCCCUUGAAAUGCUUCCCAAGUAAUGUGGGGAAGAGAUGGAACUAAAGGGGAGUACAACUCAUGGAAGAAGGAAUUUGUAUGUGUGCCCCUGCAACCCUGCCCCCAUCUUGAGCAUUUGUGUGUUUAGGCAAAUACUUGAACACACCAAUGAAGCCAGAAAUCUGACUUGUGCAGCUACUGAAGUUAGAAUAGGCAGGAUUCCGGAGACCUGAGGACAAAAAAAGUUGUUUUAUGAUUUGACAUAGGCUGUGAACACACUAGUCGCCAGAUCAAAGCAUUUCCAUUAGCCACACCUGGAGGGGGAAUGGGCUGAUCGGCUGAUCAGUUAGGAAAUCUCUUUGAAGCUGAAUUUUAAAAAACGAACUCAAGCUGCUCCCACCAGAUUGUGCAAUAAAAAGGCGUGGGGUUUGAUUAGCGUUGUUGCCCCCAUUUUCAGAAGAGAGAUGUGGAGACGCACUGGAACCAGCAAACUAGUGAGUGUGUCUCUACCCUAACAGCGGAGAGAGGAAUGGCUGAGCACUGUUUACUGUUUGCCAGGGACCAGGUGCUGCUUAUUCCAACUCCAUGUUGCUUCACAUAAUAGGGUUUUCAAAAUGGCUUAAGGCACAUGGGUGGGAUAAAGCCAAAAUGUACUUUUUGAAGAACUGCACUUGUAACCUUUGUCCAGAAACUGAAGGGGGGGGGCAGAUUUUAGUCUGUUCAGGGUGCCACAGAAUUGUCUAAGCAUUGUUAUCGCCAUGGUCAACCAGAUGCCUGUAGGAAGCCUGCAAGGAGGACAUAAGAACAAUGCCACUCUGUUUGUGCAGCCCAGCACCUGCUAUUCAGAAGUGUGUAAGGUGUCAAAGCUUUUGCUGCUGUCCGAGGUGAACUAACAACAUAAGAGGGAGUGACCACACGCAGGGCCGGCCCCAGGCAUGCCGGGGCCCUUGGGCAUCAGCUUUCCCCAGGCCCUGGUGUGUGUGUGUGUGCUUGUGUGGCCCCCCAUGCCCCCCCACCUACCUGUCACCUGUCUUUUAGCAUUGCCAUUAACCAAGAUGGCAGCCACGGUUUCUCUAAGCUAAGGGGAUGAAGCCUCUGCCGCCAUCUUGGUUGAUGGCAUGCAUGCGUAUUACGCACAUGCGUCUCUGCCAUCAACCAAGAUGGUGGCAGGGGCUUCAGGUGCCGCAGAUCGCAGAAGGUGAGCGGAGGGGCCCCUCAGGACAGUGCUCCAUCUGGCCGCCCUUUAGAACUGGCCCUGACCACACGGACACUAUGUCCUAUGUCGGAUACUACAGAAGCUAGCUAGGAAGGCCCCUAAAACUAGAUCCAUUCUCUUCCCUAUCAAUAGUUAUUCAGUUUUUUCCUGCUGCAUCAUGUUAAUAGUCAGAAGUGCCGCAUAACAAGACUCUUGGCUAUUUUUGCUGCAGCAGACUUACAGCACAAUCCUAGCUAUGAGCUCAGAAGUCAGCCCUAAUGAAUUCAAUGGGUCACUCGCUGGAUCAUCACCUUGUAGUAGUGAGUGGGCUUGCAUGUUCCAGUGAACCCUAUGAGUGAUGCUGUCAGGAGUCAUGUACUCCCAGCAUGGUCACCCACAGCGGUAAGGUCAAGGGAGAGGAACCAGACAAAGAAUGAUCCAAGAAUGCCCUCAAUAGCAGAACAGGCGGAGUACAACAAUGUGUACGUUACUGAAGGCGGAUGAAGGCUUUAGCAGAUAAAAGACUUCCAAUUGUCGUAGUAUCCAUGCCAUUGGAUCAAAGCCUUUUUCUGUCAAGAUUGUGUGUUGAUCGUUGUGUGCCGAUGUCCCUACAUAAAAUAAAUUCGCGCACAGGCGUCUUCCAACCAAAAAAACUAUGUCCUCACUAGGGUUGCCAGAUCUCCGGUUUUCAGCCGGAGUCUUCGGCAAAAGGGGCCCCUCUCUGGUCUCCAGCCAUACUCACCUUAAACACGUGGAUCUCCGGUUUUCCAGUGGCCCCCUCAGCCAUGCAUGCGUGAUUCACGUGUGCAUACACCAAAGGAUCUGGCCAGCUGCCCUUUCCUAGUCAGCCAUCCUUCUCUGCUUGCUGCUUGCUGCCUCCACUCCCUCCUUCCUUCCUGUCUGGAAGGGCCGGCGUAACACAGUAAGCAAAGUAAAAUCGCUCACUCUCCCUGCCCCCCCACCCCCAUUCUCUCCCCCCACCUGCCCUCCUAAAUGGUUUAAAAGUAAAAUCGCUCACUCUCCAUCCCCCCACCCCCAUUCUCUCCCCCCACCUGCCCUCCUAAAUGGUUUAAAAGUAAAAUCGCUCACUCUCCC